AGUAUAAAACGUUGUCAUCCGUCUCGAAAUAAAUCAGUCAUCAACAGGCAUUAGCAACAGCAGGAGCAACAGCGCUCAACUUUUACAUAUCAAACGACAAAGUCUUGUAUUUACUUUUCACAACUUAAAUUUCGCGGAAAAUGUUCCAUAAGACCGCCAUUUUAUUACUAGUGUUGGCAGUGGCCUUUGCCACCGCGGAGCCACCACGUUUUCGCCAACGCAAUAGUCGCCUCCAGCAACGCAGACCAUUCUCCGCACGUCAGGAGUCAGUUCCCUCACCACCAGAACAGCCUGAGUUCGCACUCUACCCUUCAGCUGAUGAAUUGAAGCCGCAAAAUCCCUUCCAAGGCGAGGAAGAAGUCAUCGACCCUGAGCUGGUGUACGGCGCACCUGAUCUCACUUACGGACCACCACUGCCCGCCAUAGAUCCCUUGCCCGUCGUCGACGCACCACAAGAAUUUGCGCCCAAUGCCGAAGCCGAAGAGUUCGCACGUUUUACCCAAGCGCGCCCCUCACGCUUACAACAGCGUCCCAAACAGCAAACAGCUCAACUACAUCUUGUGCAGCAGUCACAACGUCUGCAGCAGAGAAAGCCACAACAAAAAGCCAUCAUUAAGCAGAUCGUUAACGCACCCCAGCAGAAAGCGACCAUUAGGCAAGUGGUGAGCACACAGCGUUUGGUGGCAAAACCCGCGCCUGCUGCUGCAGUAGUUGUGGCAGCACCCGUUGCAGCAGCGGCGUCGGCUAAUGCACCUACCAAGUUGGUGAUCAGCUCGGAGCGCUUAGUGCAAGUGAAACCAGCAUCACUUGUCAGCGGCUCCAUUGGCACGCCACUCGGCGAGUCUUAUGUAGUGAUCAACUCGCCAUUUGAUUUAACCGCACAUUACAAGUCGUGGUAAGAAUGUGAGCUUGUUAUUUUGUUUUAUUGCAGAAAUGUUUUAGGAAAGUUAUACAAUCAAAGUAUUAUAUAUACAAAACUUAAAUAAAUGAAAAAAUCGAAAACUAACUGUAAUUCUAAUUAAAUUCAAAGUCCAGAUUUGUAUUGCUUAUUUCCGCAAACGCUGAGCUCCAAGAUUUAUAAAAAGAUUUCAUAAACACGCACCCAGUAGUAAAGCUGAGAUUAAUAAGAAUCGCCAUCUACUGAUAACGUACCGUUAAGUUCGAACAUCUAUCAAGUUGGAAUCUCCCUUAUUUACUCCCUACAGCUCUCCUCGCUCUUUCACUCAAGCUAAGUUUCAAUUAAAAUAAUUUCAAUUAAAAUCUCAACUUUUCUGCUGAGCUCAUCUGUUGACAGUCAUCCGACAUAUACACAUACAUAAACACAUAUAUACUUAUUGGAUUUUAUAAAUAGUCUACACUUCAACUCGCAACGUUAACAGCCUUUGACUUCCUUACUGACCGAACAUAAAGUUGUUGUGAAUCGUUUGGGGAAUAUUACGUGUUUGUUUGUAAGUUCGCAUCAACAGAUUAAUAAAUACUCUGAAGCAAAGCGAAUUGCCGAACAACGUUUACCGUAAUUUAAAAACUCAUUAAACUUUACCAACAUAGCUUCUUCAGUAAAUACGCUCUCUCACCCACAUCAUUAAAAGAUUUAAUACUUGUGCUUGGCCCACCUUCACUUCACUUCCUAGUAUUUACACUGCCUUCGUUCUUCGUAAUCCUUGGCGUUGCAGUCGUAUUGGUUCAAUGCAUUGUUAUUCUCGUCCUUGACGCCAACAUCAUCAACUAUUCAGUUGCAUUUUUCACUUCACACGAAGUGCUUUUAUUGCGUCAAAAUGACAGCAAUCAGUAUGGCAGAUGAAUAUCCUUUGCUCCUCGAUUACACGACCACACCUCCGCCUGCCGAUGUAUUUAUCUGCCAGCCAGUUUGUCUUCCGUCGACAUUGUCGUGCUGAGCCAGCUGUGGCAACAAUGAUUUCCACGAGAUCCCUGACUUACUUCAUCAUUCUGUUUUCGAAAAUUUUCUGAAUUAUUUCUCUGGCAUUUCCUGGCUUGCGCCUUUGUUGGUCUUGCUAUUUUGUUACCCCCACACACACACACAUACACAAUCGUAAAUACAUUUACAUAUAUAUAUUAGUAGACACAAAGGUACUCGUACAUUUAUGCGCGCAUUCUCAUUGUGCUUAAUGUGACUGAUUGUGAGCCAUAUUUUGCCACUUGUCACCUACGGACGCCGGCGAUAAGGCCCGAGCGCCCGCAGCAGCAUAAGCAUAAAGAGGAUAGUGCAGCAGCAUGCAACAAACAGAAGAAAACUAGGGCUGCGGAACGUAACUGGAUUUGCAAUUUUAUUCAAUUUUAUUUGUCUCGGUCACAGCACCGACAGAUUCCACAGGUUGGUGGCGAACAAGCGAUAAAGAUGAGCAAGGAGUGCAGCGUGAAAGCGCGCGUAUAAUAGAAGUGUUGGAAUGUGCGAAUGAGAAAUUCCUUGCUGCCUUUGAAAGUGCGAUAAAAGGCGCUGCAAGACAGAAUGAAGUAGCGCACAGAUAGUUUGGACAAUUUGCAUGUCUCUUUGGUUGUUUGGCUUUGGAAGCGACAACAAUAGCAAAAAGUCCGCAGGCGCGUUACAGACCGGAUGUGAAUGAAGUGUGGUAUGUUGGUAUGUGUGUGUGUGUGUGUGGCUAUGUGGCUGUUAGAGGCCAUAAAAAUGAGGCUGAUUAUCGCCACAGCUGAUGGUGCAACAACAGCAACAAAAGCAUGUCAAAAGAGCUGAAAAAAAACACCGAAUAAACUGAAUUUGAACUAAAAAUUCAACAGAAUGCUGUGCCCUGGCAUGUCUGCAGUUUUGUUUGCGGGAUAUUGUGACAAGCGAAUGGAAAAUGAGGAGUCUGAAAUUAUAAUUUUUUGUUGCAUAUAAUAAUGAUAUGACUUGUGUCGAAAUGAAAUAUUCAACAUAUUUGCCUGAGGCAAAGCUUUGACAAAUAAGCGAGAAGAAGAAAACAAAACGCCUUGGCUUAAUUUGUCCUACUAAUCUUUAGUAAUAUGUAUGUAAACAGAUAUUGAUUUGAAGUAAGCAGUAGUGUUACAGAACUGAGCGACAGAGAAACCAAGUGGUGUUAUCCAGUUGAGACUUCAUUUUCGAACGCUGAGAGCAAGUGUAACUGCAAUGAGUCUUUACAUCCAAACCGCUACGCCGGCAAGAUAAAUAUGUAUAAUUUCAGCGGAUUGCGCUUUACUGACAUGUAGGUGCUGACUCAGUGCAACCCCUGCUUUCAAGUAAUAUUACAAGGCUUUCUUAUUUCGUUCAUUGCGAAUUUAUAUUUGUAGAAUUUUUUGGAGCAAUAUGCAGAUAAAGAGUUUAGCGCUCUUCGUUCGUCAAAUAACUUUGUGCUAAAAAAUAAGUUUAAGAAAUUUACUCAAUAAAAUAUUGCUAGCAUGUUCUUUUCCUUAAGAAAAGAGUAAUCACUUUACGAAUUUACUUUUCUUGUGCCAAUAUUAUAUUAGUGGGCGACCACACAAUUCACUCAAUACAAUUUUCUUGGCUCAUAUCUUCCUUUCAAUCUUCAGUUAUAGUUUUCACUUUUUAUUUUAUUCUUAAAAGUCUUUGCUUUCUUUCAAUUGUACUGCGUGUUUUUUUUUUUGUUUUUUUUUGGUACAACUAAUUUCCAAUUUCAACUGCAUUUUCACCCUUUUUUAUUAUCUUUUAUGGCCGGCUGCGUUUUAUGUAUUUUUCCGUGGCAUGAGUGCCCAGCUAAGCUGCGGCCAGUUGCAUGUGUGGGUGUCAACUCUGUAGCAUUCAAUAUGCCAUUCCACAAAUUUUUACGAUUAUUGACAUUAUUUACUCAAAUGUGCGCUAAGGCGACCAACAACAAUGCGAAUCAGCUGUUUAUAACACCAUAUGUUGCACACACACACACACACAACAAUUAUAUAUAUGCAUUGGGGUGGAGCGAAAAUAAUUUUUGUUUUUGCUUAGCCUGAGGGUAAAAACUAGAUUUUAACGUAAAUUUUCGAGUUAAAAUUUUUAUUUCGUAAAAAAAUUUUGAUAAGUGUUCUAUAAGCUGUGGAGAGUGCUCUUUCUGGCCAAUUAAAAGUUAUCAAAUUAAAAAAUUU